AUGACUCGGAACGACUUGGCACGGGCCGUGACACCCUAUACGUAUCGUCACGGUGCCCCUUUAUCGUCCAAGAAUCCAAAAUUUAAUUUUAAAGCAAGUGGUGACAAGAAUUCAAAAGAGGUGGCGGAGGAAUAUCUGCGACGUGUGCAGAAGCUUCUGAUCGACAAGGAAAAUGUCACCCGGACACAGGUGGAUGAGCUAUUGGCAUUCCGUGACGAACAGCAUGUGGACUUUGAGACACAUGUCAAGACAUUGAGGGCGUUGCAGAUUACCAACGUCGAGUUUGAUCAGUUUAUCGAGCUGCAUGGAGGUCCAUCACGUACCAAAACGUUCUUUGAUUUGGUCGAUGCAGACGGUGAUGGACUCAUCUCAUACCCUGAGUACAGCUUUUUCUGCACGUUGCUUGCAAUCCCGGAGCGGCAGUUUGAGUUGGCAUUUAAGAUGUUUGACACGGACGAAAAUGGACGACUGGACCAUCACGAGUUUAAACAGAUCAUGAACUUGAUGCGAUUACGUACGCCUGCGGGGCGUCAAGACCGUUCACUGCAUGACGAGGUGCCUAUAUUCAAACACCUGUUUGGCGAGCUCUCCACAAAGUCAAUUUCUUACGACGAGUUCUGCGCGUUCCGCCGCGAUCUGAAGCAAGAGAUUAUGCGCAUUCAGAUAUCCUUUUCAUCUCUUCAGUAUGAUGUGGAUGGUGACAGGACUCUUUCACCACGGGAGUUUGGCAUGUUUUUAGUGUCACACGUUGACCAGCGUCACAUUGAAAUGUGGGUUGAGCGUGUGGACAAGCUGCAAGAACUGAAGGGCCACAUUACGGAGCAAGAGUUUAUGGAUUUCAAUGUUUUCCUCGAGCACCUGGAUGAGCUGGAGGUAGCCAUGGGUCUUGUAAUGCAAGCGCAUGGUGUAAACAAAGCGCAAUUCCAGCGCGCUACGAAGGCAGCGGUUUGCGGAAGUACACACACCAAGCCAGUGACCCCUUUGCAAAUCGACAUCCUCUUUGCUCUGUUCGACCUAGACGGCGAUGGACAUCUAUCCACAAAGGAGUUUAUAGAGGUUAUGCAGACACGCAAAGACAGCGGAUUCAAUGAGCCUCGCGACACGGGUGCCUUUAACUUUAUCAAGCGCGUCAAGGAGUGCAUUGCAUGCGUCUUGUAA